AUGUCGCACGGUGUCCCGGCUUCGGGCAGCGUUCUGCAGCGAAGCUCCUCUUCCGAUGGGAAUCAGCCGCAGGUACCGGGCAGGGGAAGGAGUCCCGAAGAGGAUGAUAGGAAGAUAAGACGGAGAGAAAAAAACAGAGUCGCUGCCCAGAGAAGCCGGAAGAAACAAACGCAGAAAGCAGACAAACUCCAUGAGGAAUAUGAGUGCCUUGAACAAGAAAAUACCUCCCUGAAAAGAGAGAUUGGGAAGCUCACAGAUGAGAUGAAACACCUGAGCGAGGUGUUGAAGGACCAUGAAAAGAUCUGCCCUUUAUUGCACUGCUCCAUGAACUUUGUGACCAUACCCAGGCCUGAUGCCCUCACCAGUUGCCUGCCAAGAUGAGAGCUCCUCCUUAUUGCCUUUAAAUGCUGGUUAUUGUUGCACAUAAAUGGGAGAGAUUUAAAGAUCCAGCUUCUUUUUUUCACCACAAUGCAGGUAUAUCCCUCUUGCAGAGGGAUGGACUUUAUCUAAUAGGCCUUUACAUCUCUAAAUCCUCUGAAUAUCAAAAAGGUCAGUGUGGGGAGAACAAGACUGAGCUACAAUUUAUUUUCUAGAACCUGUAAUACACUGUUUCAUGUUCAUAAAUGGCAAAAUAUGAUACAAUCUGCUUUUACAGAAUGGAAACUGGAGAAAAAUAGCGGUAUAGGCUAGAAUCUGAUUUACCCCACACUCUGCUGGCUAUUAUUUCUGAGUUGUUAGAUUGUC